AUUUGAAAAUAAACGCGGUGUUUGUCCGGUGACACGACCUCUUUAUGGCUUCAUAUUCAAAUUAAAUUAAAUUAAAUUCAGGUGAUCGCUGACGUCAUGUCUACAAAGAAACUAGCCAGAGAGCUGGGGUUACUGAGGCAGCGGAGUCAGUCCUCUGAUGGGUUAAAGAAACCACUGCUAACAAAUCAAAUAUUUGCAUACCUGAUUGUGAUUGAUUUCGAGUCCACUUGCUGGAGGGAGAAAAACAACUACACCCAAGAAAUUAUUGAGUUUCCUGCUGUCCUGCUCAACACAUCUACAGGGGAGGUCGAGUCUGAGUUUCACACUUAUGUUCAACCUCAAGAGCACCCUGUUCUGUCCGAGUUCUGCACUGAGCUGACGGGUAUCACACAGAUGCAAGUUGAGGCAGGAAUCCCCCUUCAGAUUUGUCUUUCUCGGUUCAGCCGCUGGCUGCAAAACCUGCAGCUCAACAUGGGUGUUGUCUUCCCCAACAGACAACAGACAUUUAAUGCAUCUUCAGCUUCUCAGAAACUGUGUACUUUCCUCACAUGGUCAGACUGGGAUCUUGGAGUCUGUUUACAAUACGAGUGUAAACGCAAGCAGCUCCAUAAACCUGAUGUGCUCAACAGCUGGAUAGACCUGAGGUGCACGUACAGGCUAUUUUACGACCGGAAACCUAAAGGCCUGAACGGGGCACUGCAAGAUCUGGGAAUACAGUUUUCAGGGAGAGAACAUUCUGGUUUGGAUGACUCCCGAAAUACGGCUCAGUUGGCAGCGAGGAUGAUGAGGGAUGGGUGUGUGAUGAAGAUCACUAGGAGCCUCGUGACGAGCCCGUCAAUGGUCAAACCCAUGUUUGGAAACACAGCUACAGACAACCAGAAAGAAAAAUCCAACACAGCUAAAGAGGAAAACACACGUACCACAAACAAACCCUCAUUAUCCAAGAUUCCUCCCAAAUCUUGUCAGAUAAAAUCGUGUACAGAGGUAAUGAUGAGGGAUUUAGGUCCAAAGGAGAACUCAAGUUCAGCUCAGGAAUCUGCUCAAAGCCUGAUCUCACCAGUGACACUGCUGAACGGUACAACUAUGCCACUGUGGGGAAACAACAGGAGGUCAGUUCCCGCAGAGGCUGCUGCUAAUAUUUCCUCUUUGGUUAUGAGAAAUUGUGCUUCACCGCACAUUAAUAACAACAGCCUUGUUUUGUGUUCUACUACUGUGGGCUGCCUUUUAAAUCAGUCUAAGACAAACCAGCCUGCAAAAAACGAUAUAGCAGUCGGACUCGUGGGGGAGGAGCAUGGUGCAGAACUUUUAGUGGAAACAGAGGACAGGUGUAGUUCGUAUGACAAUAUGGUGUUGGAGGAUGGUGAUGAAGGCGAAGUUUAUGUAUCGGAAGUUGACAGCAGAUGUUACGUGCAGGAGGAGCCUGAUAAUACACAUUCACCAGGGUGUCAGGUCACGUUCGGGAACAAAAUGAGAGUCGCCAACAACUUUGAAACUGAGAAGAUGAUUAGUGAGUCAGCAAUGUCUUUUUCUGCAAAAGAGAUGGCGUCCCUCCUUGUCCCAUCCAUGUCUAACAGCUCAAUCAUUAUCAGCAAGCCUUCGACAACCUCAGAGCACAGUACUCAUUUUGCUGACCCUAACCAAACAAUGUCAUAUUCCGCAAAGAAGUUGUCAUCCCUCGUUAAUAUGUCGAAUAGCUCAACUGUAAUCAGUAAGCCUUCGACGAUGUCAGAGCCCAGUACUCAUUUUGCUGACCCUAACCAAACAAUGUCAUUUUCCGCAAAGAAGUUGGCAUCCCUCGUUAAUAUGUCGAAUAGCUCAAUUGUAAUCCGUAAGCCUUCGACGAUGUCAGAGCCCAGUACUCACUUUGCUGUGCCUAAAACUGUUACUGGCUCCAAAUCAAAGCAGCAUGAGCCCCAUAAAAACUCUAAAACAGACACACCCUUUCUGUUCAGGCACAAACUCUCCAUGCCAGAAAAGACCUCCACCCCUAUUUCCUCAUUUUUCAGGUCCAAACCGUUCAUCACACAACACGCCAACAAAGACACACCAAAGUCUUCCUUUACCAUCUUCACUGACUCUGCGAAACUCUCCGAUCCCUCCUCACGUGGCUCUUUUUGCACCUCCAAGAAUGUCCUCUCCUCCUUAUCUACCAACACAUUUUCCUCAUGUACCAAUCGUUCCUCCAUUUCUGUGACAAUGAAAGGACAGAGGAUCACAUCCCCACUGUGUGCGUGUGGGCGCCGUGCGAAGCGGCAGGUAGUAUCCAACGGUGGUCCAAACCACGGGCGAGGUUUUUAUUGUUGUCCGGUGCGCCGGUCCGGCAGCGGAGGGAAGAUCCAGAAGGGAUGUGAGUUCUUCAAGUGGGAGUCUGCUCUCAUGAAGAGUUCAGUGGCCUCUCCUGCUGCUGUUGGGUCUUCUGUCUCACUCUGUCACAUCAACUCAACUAUGAGCUGUCGUCCACCUCAGAAGUCCAUGAUAAGAUAGAGCUAUUAAGUAAAAAAAAAAGUAUGCUGUACCUCAA